GGCCGCGGAAGAGGACCCCGUCGCGACCGCGUCCCCUCGGGUCCUUGAGCCGGUGCCCACCGCGGAGCAAUGGCCUUGAGGCUGCUGAGGGUGGUCCCAGCGUCGGCGUCGGCGCAGGGCCUGGCGGUGGUCGCCCAGCGCGUGGCAAGAAUUCAUACAAGUGUACAGUGCAAGCUACGGUAUGGCCCUUUGGCGUACAUACUCGGCGAAAGAACAACCAAAAGAUUCACAGAACGCAGCAAAGUGAUAACUGUAGAUGGCAAUAUAUGUUCUGGAAAAGGCAAGCUCGCGAAAGAAAUAGCAGAGAAAUUAGGCUUAAAGCACUUCCCGGAGGCAGGGGUGCAUUACGCAGACAGCACUACGGGAGAUGGGAGGGCCCUGGACAUAGAGCUCAGUGGCAGCUGCAGCGUGGAGAAGUUCUACGACGACCCGAAGAGUAAUGACGGCAACAGCUACCGCCUGCAGUCCUGGCUGUAUGCCAGCCGCCUCCUGCAGUACGCGGACGCCUUGGAGCACCUGCUGAGCACGGGACAAGGUGUUGUAUUGGAGCGCUCCAUCUUCAGUGACUUUGUUUUCUUGGAGGCGAUGUAUAACCAGAGAUUCAUCCGGAAGCAGUGUGAGUCGGGGCUGCAGGGACAGCAGCACCGUGUGGGGGUUGUUGGAGGUCUGACAGUGGACACGGACAAGGGAUGUUCCGAAGGCCGGCGUGUAAGUCGCAUCGUCCCGCUCUGUGGCUGUGGCGUGCGGUCUCCGGGCCCGGUGCUUGCGUUCUGCGGGGACGAGAAGCGCUGCGGGGCGGGGCUGCCAUCCCGGCACCUGCAGGGGCCCCGUGUCGCGGGCACGCUGCCCGUGCUGACAGCUGUGCUUCUGUGA